AUAACUAGGUUUUUUUUCCCCUUUCCUCUCUGUCUGUAUUCCUGACACACGGAGGGAAGAGAAGAAAGAGAGAGGGACACACAGAAAUAAACCCCCACCCCUUUUAAAAAGAAACUAAAGCAUAAGAGAUCUGGAUCCCUAAAAGUAUCAGCUGGCUUGCACUCCAGAUCUGGGGCUUGGUCUGGGGGGAGAUUCAGAGGGACUAACAAACCUGCACCCUUCUUUAUUUUUUCCUUGUUUAUUUUUUAUCUUUUUACUUGUCUUUUUUUUUUUUUUUUGUCCUGGGUUUGCCACCUCAUUAACUUGAUCAGCACUGCAUAGCCCAGGGCCUGGAGAUCAGAGCGGAGGGGGAUUUAAAGGUCCAGCGUUGUUCUGCAGAGAGAGCGACUUUUAGUAAAGUGAGACAAACCAAAAAAUGGAAGCAAGAGUGACAACUGGAUCGUAGAAUCGUGUGCACCUAUCCUACAUACCCUCCUCCUCUUACAUUGGUUCUUCCUGUCCACUGGGGACCCCUUAGGAAACAAGGCCCUUUCUCUAUGCACCCCUCUGUCUGAAGAGGGAAUGGUCUGUCCGGGGAGAGCGUAGAACCUGCCUCCAUGUGAACACGGCCGUGUCCCAUGAACAUCAGGCAGCUGGGGGCGGAGCCCGCCUUGGUCUCUUCUGAUUGGUUCUGGAUGGAAUUACGUUGAAUGGACCAGAAUCUUAGCGGGCUGGACUGCUUGUCAGAGCCAGAUGAAAAAAGGUGGCCGGAUGGGAAGCGAAAAAGAAAGAAUAGCCAAUGUAUGGGAAAAAGCGGUAUGUCAGGUGACAGUUCGGUGUCUCUGCUCUCUGCAGGGUACAUCCCAAGCUACCUGGACAAAGAUGAACCAUGCGUGGUGUGCAGUGAUAAGGCCACAGGAUACCACUACCGAUGUAUUACCUGUGAGGGCUGCAAGGGCUUCUUUCGGCGUACUAUCCAGAAGAACCUGCACCCCUCCUACUCCUGCAAGUACGAUGGUUGUUGUAUCAUCGACAAGAUCACCCGCAAUCAGUGUCAGCUCUGUCGCUUUAAGAAAUGUAUCGCUGUGGGCAUGGCAAUGGACCUUGUCCUGGAUGAUUCCAAGCGGGUAGCCAAGCGGAAGCUGAUUGAGGAAAAUCGGGAACGGCGUCGGAAGGAGGAGAUGAUCAAGACUCUGCAGCAGCGUCCUGAGCCAAGCAGCGAGGAGUGGGAGCUAAUACGCAUAGUGACAGAAGCUCACCGAAGCACCAAUGCACAGGGCAGCCACUGGAAGCAACGCAGGAAGUUCUUGCCUGAAGACAUAGGACAGAAUCCAAUGACAUCCAUGCAAGAUAAUGAUAAAGUUGACCUGGAAGCAUUCAGUGAGUUCACCAAAAUAAUCACCCCUGCGAUUACUCGAGUGGUGGACUUUGCUAAGAAGUUGCCCAUGUUCUCAGAGCUACCCUGUGAAGAUCAGAUCAUCCUGUUGAAAGGAUGCUGUAUGGAGAUCAUGUCUCUCCGGGCUGCUGUGCGUUAUGAUCCAGACAGUGAGACUUUGACACUGAGCGGUGAGAUGGCAGUGAAGCGAGAACAGCUGAAGAAUGGUGGACUUGGGGUGGUCUCAGAUGCUAUAUUUGACUUAGGAAGAUCUUUGUCUGCGUUCAAUCUGGAUGACACGGAAGUGGCUCUGCUGCAGGCUGUCCUGCUCAUGUCCUCAGACCGGACGGGUUUGAUCUGCACAGAUAAGAUAGAGAAAUGUCAGGAGACUUACCUCCUCGCCUUUGAACACUACAUAAAUCAUCGCAAACACAACAUUCCCCACUUCUGGCCCAAGCUCCUGAUGAAAGUGACUGACUUGCGUAUGAUUGGGGCCUGUCAUGCCAGUCGCUUCCUGCAUAUGAAGGUUGAAUGCCCCACAGAGCUCUUCCCACCACUGUUCCUUGAGGUGUUUGAGGACCAGGAAGUCUAAAGGGCAGUGGAGAUGGGUAGAGAGGAAAGGGAAUUGCUUGGCUCUAUUUCAACCUGUCAUCCCUUACAAGGCUCUCGUGUCCUGCAAAGAAUAAAAGGGAGUGGCUGGAAUAGCCCUUCUGAAAUCGAAAACUGCCAUUGAAAGCCGGCACAAGCCAGAAUGGAAGCUCCCAGUCUUGACAUUAUUGUACAUCAGAUCAACAGUUCUUCAGCCACGCUCUUGGCUCAACCUGAAGGAAAGAGUAUUCGAGUCUCCUUUACUGUCAUUGUUGUGCACCCAACAGUUUUAUUCUGGAAGAAAUCACCUUUUUUGCAUAAUUUCUUCUGAAACCAAUCUGGUACACUAAGACCCUAUUGAAUGGAAGUUUUCUCUACAACCAUCCAAGUUCACCAUGAGUGACAUAGUCAUUUCAGAUAUGGGAUAGGUACAACACGAGUGGGACUGAAAGGUCUCUUGCUCCCCCCAUAAAAAAAAAA